AAGAUAGUUAUUUAAAAAAAUUUAUCUUAUUUAGAAGUAAAUAAAUAUGAAAAAGACUAUUUUAUGAGUACUUAUCAUAAACUAAUUAUGAUACAAUGAGUAUUGCAGAGACCACAUUGGAGCUUACUUUUCAAAAAGAUCAAGAUAAUUUCAUUGGAAAGCUUCAAGAAUUUCAUGCUCUUAGAGGAAAUGCGUUUGAACGAAUUCCAACUUUUGGAGGACAGUCAUUAGAUUUAUAUGCACUUUAUAACACUGUAAUUUCUUUUGGGGGUAUUGAUGAGGUUACUAAGAAAGGAAAAUGGGAACAAGUUUUUAAGACAUUAGGAUAUCCACCAUGCACUAAUGCAGAUUUUGCUUUGAAGCAGCAUUAUUCAAGGUUUCUAGAAGCUUAUGAAAAGAUUUUCUUUUUGGGAGAAGAUGUUGAUGACAGAUUGUUUCCUGAUAAAUAUAAAUGGCAAAACUCAAGAAGCAAAGCAGUGUUCAAACAUUCUAAACCAGGUGUCUUAGGAGAAUUUCGUUCACAUAACUUUGACCGUAUUAUGUUGUCUCUUCUUUCUGGACUCGAAAAUGAAGUAGAUUUUGCAUUGAAUAUCUGCACACUUUUAUCGAAUGUUUCUAAUUCAAUAUUUAAUCUCGGAAAGAACUGUUCCAUCCUGGAUUUGAUUUUGGCUCACAGUGGAUUUUGGUGUACAGAUAAUUCAUUUGAUAAAGAAAUGUGCACGGAGUGGUUUUCUAGAAGUGGAAAGAAUUUUUUAAAGUUUUGGAAUGAUUCAAUUAGUGAUCCUUUUUUAAAAAAAGUAUACAAUGAGUUAUACAAUACAGAACAAGACAAAGUGUAUGAUGAACACUCUUUUUUUUCUUGUGGUACAUCCCAAGAGAAAUCAUCGGAAUUCGCAAGAGUUUUACAGAUCUCAAUGAUUCUGUAUAAUUUUUCAUUUGAGCAAAUAAACGCAAUGUUUUUAGCACAACACUCAACAGCUGAAAAAUUUUUAUUGUUUUCAAGUUUUUCAUCUUACAACAAUAUCCAAAAUAACAGUUUGGAUACUCUUGACAAUAUAUCAGAAUAUAUAACAUUAAAAGCUAAUGAAGAUUUUUUCACCCAGCAAAUCCUAAGAAUUAUUCAUUUGUUUUGUACUUCAAAAGAUAGAUUUCGAAGAAUACGAGCAAAAUCCAUAUUGGCUAAACUGGCAAGGAGUGAAAAUGCAAAAAUCAUUGCAGAAAAUUUAUCUCAAGAAAUAUAUAAAAUUUUAUUGGAUACAAUUUCUUUUCCAGAUAUAUCACUUGUUCUUGCAAGUAUGGAUGCAUUGUUUUCUCUCUCUGGGUUAUGUGAAAAUACUGCUACUUCAAUUUGCUUAGUUCAAGGAAGUAUGAAUUUGCUUACAAGCUUACUUACACUUCAAGCUGAAUCUUUUGGAAACCAUGCAAUUGAAGGUUUUAGAAUUGUUGAAAACAAGUGCUCUAUGUUUACACCUAAAAAUCAAGCUUUUUUACAAUCACAAUAUGAAAGAUCUUAUAUAGAAAAUAAUCGUGCAUGUCAACCUGGAAUGAUUGCACCGCCAUCUAAAAUGCAUACUCCUCAUUUAGGAAACAUGCAUUUACCAAUGCCAAGGUUACCACCUUACCAUGUAUUAUCUCAACCAACUCACCAUGUAUUAUCUCAACCAACUCAGAUAUAUCCUAAUCUGCAACCAAUUCAGACAUAUCCGAAUCAGCAACCAAUUCAGACAUAUCCGAAUCAGCAACCAAUUAAUACAUAUCCGAAUCAGCAACCAAUUCAGGCAUAUCCGAAUCAGCAACCGAUUCAGACAUAUCCGAAUCAGCAACCAACCCAGGCAUAUCCAAAUCAGCAACCAAUUCAGGCAUAUCCAAAUCAGCAAUCAAUUCAGGCAUAUCCAAAUCUGCAAUUAAGCAAAGCUGAUGCUUCAAAUGUAAGUUAUGGUAAUCAAACAAACGAGUUUGUUGAGGUUGAUUCUGAAACGUAUGCUGUGCAUUGGAUGAGUGCAUAUUAUGAGCCUCAUCCUUCAAACAAUAUACUUUUGUCAACCAUUUAUGCUGACUAUGAGCAAGUUAGUAAAAGUAGUUCCAGAAAAGGUAUUUUGUCAUUUGAGGCAUUUCAAGUUAUCCUGAGGGCUAUUCUUCCACCACAUCUUGCACAGAUAAUUUUAAUUGAUUCCAAUGGCACUUUAGCUGUGUCUGGUAUACAGAGGAAAGCAAUUCCAUUGUAUGUACAGAGUGUAAUUCCAGCAAAAAAAUGUGGAGAAGAAGUAAAGAUUUCAAAUGAUAUUUCACAAAAUGAAACUUUUAAUAAACUACCUAAUACUCAUGAAAGUGAAAAUGUUUCAAGUCAGUUAAAUGGAAAUAGUGAAAAGCCUGUAUCUUGUGAUAGAAGGCUAAAGACAGGUGAAGGUUAUUAUGAGGUAAUUGAAAAACUAAAAAUUGAAUCUGAAGGUCAUUUUAUGCAGUUUCACUUGCAUCGUCAGCAUUUACAAGCUCUGCAAGUGCAAAUUCAUCAGUUGAUGCAAACAGCAGAUGUUGAGCAUGUUCCUGCCACAGUUAUUAAAGAUAUUCAAAUAAGAGCACAAAACCAUCAACAACAGAUGCAGAAUCAUUAUCAAAAAUUGCUUCAGCUAACAAACCUGACAGAGCAAGUUCACAGUAAGAUGAUUCAACAAGAUGAUGUACCUAAAGGAAGCAUAAAAACAAAUGAUAGCUUUAAAACUCCAGAUAAAGAAGUCACACAAGAGAGUUUCUUAUUUGAAAGAAAUGGGAAACUGGAAAAUGAAUUUAAUAAUUCAUCAAAUCAUUUACUUACUGAUCAAAAGUCUUUAAAUAAAUUUUCAUCAAUUAAACCUGAUCAAGUUACUUCUACAAAUCCUCAUACAUUAAUUCCUCAUUUACCCUUUAAAAACGAAAGUACUGUUCAACCUCCCAUAGUUUCAGGUGAUCUUAUUAGGAAAAAAUUAUCUCCUAGUAGUUCACCUCUUAGUUCCCCAAAAAAAACUAAAAGUAAAAGAGGAUUUAACAAUCCAUUAGAUUAUCCUGGGUUUCCCCAAAUUUCUCAAAACAACAGGUUAGCACGAACUUCACCGCAAAAAAAAGUAAGCCUACUGACAAAUGGAAUAUCUCUAAAUGGAGCUACACAUCCUGUUACACCAGUUCCAGCUGUACAUUCAAGUACACCAGUUGUGCAACCUUUUUCUACAAAAUUUUUAAAUAUUUCUUCUCAAGAGAAAAAUCACCUUCCUUUUCAAAAUAAUACAGAAUCUUUAGUAAAUUUUCAAACCUCUUCAAGUAUUAUGAAUCAUUUUAGUAAAACAUUUACAGAAAGCAAGUUAAAUGGCGUUGAUGUAAAUUAUCAGACAAACUGUUUUAAUUCAAAAUUUAAAAAACAACUAGAUAAUAAUUCAGUAGAAACUCCAAACCCUGUUUGUUCAAUUCCAAAUUCAACCUCAGCUCCUUCAUUUUCACCUCUAAUUAAAGUAAAUCACUUAAAUGGACAUCAAAUAAAUGGAAAUUUUGAAAGAAAAAUUGAAAUACAAAAGGAAAAUAUUAAAUCAAGUUUAAGUGAAGAAAGCAUUAAUGAUGACUUUGUAGACUUUGAAAGAAUUUGUGAUUCAGAUCAUAUUUCCAGUGAAGCUGUUUUGCAAAAACAAAAAAAAACUUUGAAUGAAAAAGAAAUAAAUAAUAUUGAAAGUCCUAAAGGAAAUUAUCUAAUAGAAAAUAGUCAUGAAAAAACAGUUAAUUCAGAAAACCAUAAUGAUGAAAAGGUUGAUCAACUUCAAAAUUGUUUAAAACCCGAUCACAAAGAGUUGAACUUUUUAAACUCUAAAUUAAUGCUUGGCAAAAUGGCAUCCCAAAUUAAACCAAACGGAAUAGAAACAAAAAAUAAUAGUUUCAAGGAUGUUACAGUUAAUGAUUUUGAAUCACCUGUCACAGUUAUAAAUAGGGAAGAUUCAAGAGUAAAUUGUUUAAGACUUCCACUUGGCAAUUCAAAUUUUAUUAGGACUUCAGAUUUACAUACAAACAAUCGUACCCCUAAAAUUUCGCCCCAAACAUCAAUUAUUUCAAAUGAUUUUGUUCAAAAAUCUGAUAAUGAAAGAAACCAUAUAAAUUUAUGUAACUUAACAACGCUACAAACUUGUCGUAAUAUGUUUAAAUGCAAAUGGAAUGACUGUUAUUUUGCUUUUCAUUGUGAAUCCGAACUAUUUGAGCAUAUGGUUAUGAAUCAUGCUCCUACCGAUGGCAAAAUGCAGCAUUGUAAUGUGGCUGGCUGCUUUUCUUCACAAAUGUUGCGUGGCAGUUUUAUUUUACACCUUCAAGAUGUACAUUUUAGUUCUAAUACAUUUCUUAACUAUUGGAAAGUAGAGCAUGAAAAUGAAUCACCAGUUACUAGAAGCCUUCGUUUUACAGCAGCUCUUAUUUUAAGGAAUAUUGCAAAGAACUCUCCAUGUGCUAAAUCUCUUCUUCUACGUCACGAAGAUUUAAUUGCCAGAGUAGCCAUGUCGACAUCAGAAGCAGCAUCAGCUGCUGCCGAAUGUCUCUUUGAACUCUACAAUAACGCCAAAACAGAAACUAGUGAUACCGAAGACUUGGAUUAUUUAUGAAUAGUUCUUGUAAAUGUUUGUAUUUUUUCGUAUAUAUUUUUCGUGUAUAUAUUACAUAACUUAUUUUAGUUUUUAAAACAAGAAUACUUAAGAACUUAUUUUUUAAGUUAUUAAGCGUUUUGUUAUUUAUUCUAUGUUUUAUAUGGAAUAAAGAAAAGUGAGUUUUUUUUUUUUUUUUUUUUUUUCGUUUUAUUUUAUUUUUAUAUAAAAGUUCGAGAUUUCUGAGAGUUUUUAUUAGCAAACAAAAUUAUUUACGAAACUAUUUUAAAUGGAUAAAAGCGAAAAUAUUUUAGCAACAUAUUUAAAAAAAUUU